CUAUUUUUUUUUUUUAGAUUUUUAAUGUAUUAAAAGCUUUAUAAUACAUGGGUAAUGGAACUUGAAAAUGGGAAUGAACAAGAUCUUUUUGUUGGGGAGUACCAAGAAUUAUGUGUUGUGCAUAAUGACCCAUUAUUACAUCUGUAUACAACAGCAGUUAAGUUUGACUCACAUGAACAGUUGUUUUGGGUUGGCAGUCAAUCGGGUCGCAUGAGUUCUUAUUAUGGAUCCCAAAUGGUGAAGUAUACUUCAUUUAAAGCUCAUCAUACUGAACUAUGUGAUAUAUUGACAGAUGCUCAUGGAGUAUUAUCAUUAACAACCAAUGAAGUUCGGUAUACAACCAAACAAGGUUUAAAAAUUUUUUCUAGCAGAAAUGAAAACAUGCAUUCUAUGCAUGCACUUCUGCGUGGAACAGGUGUUGCGGAAAGUUAUGUUUUAAUGGCUGGCGAAAAUGAAUAUUUUUUUGAACUCGACUUAACAACAGGAUAUGUUUAUGAAAAAAGCAAGACAGAUAAUGCUAGUACAGUUGUUAUGAAGCAGUCAUCACAUUAUAUUUGUUGUGGACAGAAGAAUGGGAAGGUUAGAUUGUAUGAUCCAGAUAGAAUGGAAAUUUGUCAUACUCUUGAUGCACAUUCAGGAUCAUUAUUGGAUUUUGAUUUGAAUGGGAAUACUUUAGUGACAUGUGGCUUUUCAUCAAGGUAUGGUCAUUUAUCAGCUGACCAGUACAUAAUGGUUUACGAUCUGCGUACAUUACGAUCAUUUCCUCCUGUUCAUGUUCCAAUAGAACCCUCAUUUGUGAGGUUUAUGCCUACCUACACUCUCAGAUGUCUUUUAGUUUCUCAGAUUGGUCAAUUCAUAUUAUGUCAACCAGACAGUUUGACUUUAGAUCAAUAUUUGUACACUGUAAAUAAUGGAGAUGUGCCAAUUACCUCUUGUUGCGUAUCAGAUACAUACCAGGGGAUUGGUUUUGGUGACGCUGCAGGAUAUGUUCAUUUGUGGGGUAACAGAGCAGAAGAUGAUGUCUUGUUUAAUCAUAGCAAUCAACUUUCUGUCUUUCCAGAUGAAAUAGAGCCUCUUGAAUCUUUUACUAUUGAUGAUUGGUCUGUUCCUUUAACUUCAAUACAGAUGCCUGAGUGCUCAGAGCCAUUGCUGUCUGAUUGGCCAGAACAUUUGAUCAAAAGAGUUGAUAGACCAACACCUCCACUAGAUCCUGAAAUUUUAAAAAAUGUCACCAUGCGGCAGUUUGUUGGUUAUGCACCCAAUCCAAAAACAAAACUAAGAAACCAGGUUGCUUAUAUUCUUGAUUUGGAUAAUGGAUCAAAGUAUCCGGAAUCACCUAUGAGCAGAGAUGGAGGAAAGUGUGUCAUACCAAAAAUUUAUCAAAAAGUAGAUAUAAAAUAUUCAAAAUAUGGUGUUGAAGAUUUCAAUUUUAAGCAUUAUAAUCAAACUCCAUUUAGCGGCUUAGAAAUACAUAUACCAAAUGCUUACUGCAAUGCCAUGCUACAAGUAUUUUACUUUCUUGAUGUUUUGCGUGUUUCAAUGCAUAAUCAUCUUUGUCAAAGAGAGUUUUGCAUUGCUUGUGAAUUAGGAUUCUUGUUUUACAUGCUUGAUGUUGCUGAUGGUCAAACAUGUCAGGCAUCAAAUUUUUUGCGAACAUUUCGCACUCUUCCAGAAGCAUCAGCAUUGGGCUUGUUAGUCAAUGAAAACAUGUCUGUUUCAUGUAACCGAAGUAUAUCACAAACAAUACAAAAUUGGAAUCGAUUUGUUCUUCGUCAACUUCAUCAAGAUACCAAAAACACAAAAGAAAAUGUUGAAGAAAAAAGCGAAGAGAAAAUUGAUAUCUCAUAUAUUGUUGAUGCAGAAACAGAUCACGAUGAAGCAAAACAAAAAGUUUUUACUGAUGAGAAAGUUUCAAAGUUUGAAUGCUCCUCAGAUAUCAAGGAUUUAUUUGGGAUGGACAUAAUUUCUAAUCGAACAUGUAAAUGUGGCAUGGAUUCUGAGAGAAAAGCCACUUUAUUUUCUAUUGACCUCAGUUAUCCAGAAGUAACAGACUCAGAUACUGAUGAUGUUUAUCCUUUUGUAAAAAUUUUAAACGAAAGUAUUGUUCGAAAGCAAAGUACACAAGCUUGGUGUGAGAGUUGUAAAAAAUAUCAAUACUCUACUCAGUUUCGAAAGGUUAUCUCUGUUCCACCUGUGUUGAAUAUUAAUUGUCGAUUGGAUAAUGCAAAAGAAAUUUCUUUCUGGAGAAAACAGCAGGAAUUAGCUGAUCCUGUUGAUGAUGUCAAGAAAUUAUCUUCUCACUCUCAGCCAAAGUUUUGUCGUUAUGGGAAGUUUUGUAAUAGGCAAGGUUGCCGAUUUGUUCAUCAAGGAAGAGAAGGAGAGAAAUUAUUAACACCCCCUGGAUCAGAAGUUGAUGAAACAAUAAACGAAAAAUCAAAACAUUGGUUGCCUACUUUAAUUCAAGUAAAACAUAAUAAGGAAACUCAAGAAGUAAAAAUUUUAAGGCAUGAUGAGGAAAGUAAUGAAGCAGAAGGAAUAGUUUACAGACUCAUUUCAAAUGUUUGUCAUAUUUAUGAUUCUUCCUUUGGAUCUACACUUGUUGCACAUAUAAAAGUUGGUAAACAAUACCAUUUGAUUAAAGAGGGAAAGGAACAAGAUCACUGGUAUCUGUUUAAUGAUUUUGCAAUUGCACCAAUAUCUGAGAAUGAAGCAGUUACUUUUAACCUGAGUUGGAAAGUUCCAUGUAUACUGAUGUAUGCUAGACAAGAUAUUGACACACUGCAUAACAUAGAAAUUAAGCAAAAAUUUGAUUCUUCCCUUUUGUUUGCUGAAAGAUCCCUUGCCACACGCCAAGCUCGUUUUUCUCGCAAUUUUACGCCUUUGAAUUCUACAGAAAUUUUGAAAGAAGGAGAUAUAGUUGGUGUUGAUGCAGAAUUCGUAACACUUAACCAGGAAGAAUCAGAAAUGCGACGAGAUGGUACAUUAUCUACAUUACGUCCAAGUCAAAUGAGCGUUGCUAGAAUUACUGUAGUUCGAGGGUGGGGACCAUUGACAGGUGUUCCGUUCAUCGACGAUUAUAUAUCAACAUCAGAACAGGUAGUUGAUUACUUAACGAAAUUCUCCGGCAUUAAACCUGGUGAUUUAGACGCAUCUAUGUCUUCGAAACAUUUGACAACAUUGAAGUUAGCUUACCAAAAGUUACGUUAUUUGAUUGCUCAAAAAGUAGUCUUUAUCGGUCACGGAUUAAAAAAAGAUUUUAGAGUUAUAAAUUUAGUUAUACCACGUGAUCAAGUAGUGGACACUGUUGAGUUAUUUCAUAUCCCUAAACAACGUUAUGUUUCAUUAAAAUUUUUAGCUUGGCACUUUUUAAAUAUAAAGAUUCAGGCGGAUUGCCAUGAUAGUGCUGAAGAUGCUUACACGGCGCUGAAGUUGUACGAAAAAUACCGUGAGUUAUUGCGUGCAGGAGAGUGGGUACUUGAAGAGGAGUUAGAGAUUUUAUACGACACAGGAAGGCAAUACAACUGGCAAGUUCCUGAGUGAUUAAGUAAAGCUAACCUAAUAAUACACAGAAUAUUUUCUCAAAGACAACUGUGAUUGUUCUUUACUCCACAUUAUGUAUAUAUUGACUACCAAAAUGCUAUAAAUGUAUUUUCGUAUUUAUGUAUCGAUUUGAAAAGUACUAUAUGGAAAAAAAUUUAUUUGUAAAA